AUGGAAGGAAAAGACGAAGCUCGGGACUACAUUGACUAUGAAGAAGUAGGCGCUCCGUCGCAUGUGCGGCAUACAAAUCGACCUAGCAAACUCACUGUCUCAGUGGCAAUUCUAUUUGUGUUCGCUGCUGUUGCCAAUUUGAGUGUCUGGAUUUGGGUCACUCGCAGUCCUCGAAAUGCGCUGGAUGAAGAGUGGAAUCACUGCGGACGGUCAAGCACAGAAGCUAUGAGACGCGGAUGUGUCAUGGAGCCUUUAUUCUAUGGCUGGAUGCCCAGGCAGUGCGUAUAUCAGGAGCUCACCGACCGUUAUCCCGUGUUUGAGGAUAGAAAAUGGUAUCUUGAACAGGAUAUGAUUAAUGAGGUUGACGCGGCAGCACUCUGGCGCGGUGACAACGUCAAAGUCUACACGCAUAUUUACCACGGAGAGCAUUGUAUGUUUCAAUGGCGAAAGAUUAUGUUUGCCAUGGAAAACCAGGAGCGGUACAUCGACAACAAAACAAUCAGUGUUCAUCACUCCAAGCACUGCGCAGACCAGAUUACGGAGGGGCAUAUCGAAGGAGAUGACGCAGUUAAUGAAGUGGAGCUUGGCUUCUAUCGAUGUAGAAAUGCUCUCUGGGCGAGCUAA